AUGAAGUCUUUCUUCGCUAUCUUCCUUGCCGCUUUAGGCCUAUUGGCUUGCACUAUCAACGCUACGGCUGUGCCCCAAGCUCAAGGGCUCUCCAUGGGCAGCGUUCAGAUAUCCGGGGAUAACAUAGCUCUCGUAGAGCUGGAGGUUACCGACGACCGGUUCCCCGGCGUCACCUUCACGGGUACAGGGGAAUCUGUCUUUGAGGAGAUGAAAGCGCUCAAACCCGAGGCCUUCCCCAACACGAACGCUUUAGAUGUCGCCCAAGCGCGUUCCUUGCACAGGCGGUCAACUCUCAACUGUGAGUGGGGCAGAGAUGUCUUUGGCUUCAAGGCUUGCAAUGACGGCUGGAAUCGCCUGCAGGGACUUCAUCACACCUUGUACUGUGUCAAUGGCGGAGUCAAUCACUGCGCCAUCGUUAGCUGCUCGUACAAUUGCGCUGUCUACUUAUGCAACUUGCGCAACACUAGGUUCUGUGCUUUGGGCAGCGAUAUCGGCGCCGACAUGGACUACAUUCGGAAUCAUUGUGAUAGCGAUUCCAGCAAAGUUCCUGCUGGACGAAUGGAUUUUGACGAGCACUGGAUCGGCCUCAGUAUGACUAAUUGUUAG